UCUCUAAAUCUGGGGUGAAGAUGUCUCAGGCACUGAUAGCUGCCGUAUUGGUAGCACUUCUACCAAGUAUUUUUGGCCAGCUCCCGGAUGUAGUCAAGUCUUGCAAAAGAUAUAAACAGCAAAUAUUUGAGGAGACGGUGCAAUAUAGUUUCUUGUUUCCCGGAGCUACGAUUGAAACCUUCACCAUCGAUAAUUGCCGGAGUUAUACGCCUUUGAUUGUUGGUGGGCAUCCGGCACAGCCCCGGGAGUUUCCGCACAUGGCCAGGCUAGGACGCCGUAAUGGAAAUGGAGGGCAAACUAACUGGUUCUGCGGAGGUGUCCUGAUUAGUGCCCGGUUUGUUCUUACCGCUGCCCAUUGCCUGGAGUCGGAUCAAGGCGAAGUAAAUGUUGUACGACUGGGGGAAUUAGAUUUCGAAUCUGGGGAAGAUGAUGCCUCACCCAGAGAUUAUAAUGUGGCUGAAUACAUAACCCAUCCUGGUUAUGAGGACCCACAGUUUUACAACGAUAUUGGGCUAAUAAUGCUGGGGGAAAAAGUUGUCUUCGACCUAUACAAACAUCCUGCUUGCCUUCCAUCCGAAGACGAGCGGAACUCAAACUCCUACAUAGCUGUGGGUUGGGGCAGCACAGGUUUAGUGGGGACUCCUUCAUCGAUGCUGCAAAAAGUAAUGCUGGAUCGCUACGGAAGUGGAGUGUGUCAGAAACUAGUGACUCGUCAGCUUGAGGAAUUCCCGGAAGGAUUUAACGGCAGAACCCAACUCUGUGUGGGCUCUGAAAUGGCCAGAGACACUUGCAACGGCGACUCCGGCGGACCUUUGCUGAUGUACCACAAAGACUUCCCGUGCAUGUAUAAUGUCAUUGGCAUUACAUCAGCAGGUCUAUCAUGUGGUACGCCGGGAAUCCCAGGAGUUUACACGCGGAUAUUCCCAUAUCUCGAUUGGAUCACAAAAACAAUGUCGAAGUAUUAGUUAAUAAUUAAUAACUUUGUU